UCGCGGCUUAGACUCCAGAAGCAAGCCCCGUUCAGAGGGGCCUCCCGGUCCUAGAUGGGCGACCACGUUCCUCCGCGGAGGAUUUGGGGGCCUUGGAGCCCGAAACGCGGCCUUGGCGGCACGAAAUCCGGACACACCUCCCCCGUUCGGGCCGCCAGUCUCGCCCCGGCCCACCUCCGCGCUGGAUUCUUAAAGGGCCCACGGGCCGGAGCCAGCAGAGGCGCCGAGCCGGGCCGGGCCUGGGCGAGCUGCCGGAGCGACCCGGGCUGGGCCAGGGAUGGCGGCGGCCGUGGCGUGGGUCCCGGCGGCGCCCCGCGCAAGUUCCUGAGCUGGUGCCAGGAAGGUGACACCGUCUUCCUGCAGCCCCCAGCAUGUGGGCAGGCCUUGGUGCCGCUGUCACUCUGGCCCAGGUGUUGACAGUGGCAUGGGCCACAGAGCUCAAGCCCACAGCGCCACCCAUCUUCACUGGGCGACCCUUUGUGGUAGCAUGGGAUGUGCCCACGCAGGACUGCGGCCCACGCCUCAAAGUGCCACUGGACCUGAAGGCCUUUGACGUGCAGGCCUCACCCAAUGAGGGUUUCGUGAACCAGAACAUCACCAUCUUCUACCGGGACCGCCUGGGCCUGUAUCCACGCUUCGACUCGGCGGGGCGCUCUGUGCACGGGGGCGUGCCGCAGAACGGCAGCCUGUGGGCACACCUGAAGGCACUGCAGAACCACGUGAAGCACUACGUGCGCACGCAGGAACCCGCGGGGCUGGCCGUCAUCGACUGGGAGGACUGGCGGCCCGUGUGGGUGCGCAACUGGCAGGACAAGGACGUGUACCGCCGGGUGUCACGCCAGUUGGUAGCUAAUCGCCACCCUGACUGGGCCUUGGACCGCGUAGUCAAGGAAGCGCAGUACGAGUUCGAGUUCGCAGCGCGGCAGUUCAUGCUGGAGACCCUGCGCUUUGUCAAGGCGGUCCGGCCCCGGCACCUGUGGGGCUUCUACCUCUUCCCCGACUGCUACAACCACGACUACGUACAGAACUGGGAGACCUACACGGGCCGCUGCCCUGACGUCGAGGUCUCCCGAAACGACCAGCUGGCCUGGCUGUGGGCUGAGAGCACGGCCCUCUUCCCCUCUGUCUACCUGGACGAGACCCUUGCUUCCUCUGUCCAUGGCCGCAAUUUUGUCAGCUUCCGGGUGCAGGAGGCCCUUCGUGUGGCUCACACCCACCACGUGGACCACGCGCUCCCUGUCUACGUCUUCACGCGGCCCACCUAUAGCCGCAGGCUCACUGGGCUCAGCGAGAUGGAUCUCAUCUCCACCAUUGGUGAGAGUGCAGCCCUGGGCGCGGCCGGCGUCAUUCUCUGGGGCGACGCAGGCUACACCACCAGCACGGAGACCUGCCAGUACCUUAAGGAUUACCUGACACGGCUGCUGGUACCCUACAUUGUCAACGUGUCCUGGGCCGCCCAGUACUGCAGCUGGGCCCAGUGCCAUGGCCACGGGCGCUGUGUGCGCCGCGACCCCAGCGCCAGUACCUUCCUGCACCUCAGUGCCAGCAGCUUCCGCCUCGUGCCUACCCAUGCCCCAGGUGAGCCCCAGCUGCGACCAGAGGGGGAGCUCAGCUGGGUCGACCUCAACCACCUGCAGAUGCACUUUCGCUGCCAAUGCUACCUAGGCUGGGGUGGCGAGCAGUGCCAGUGGGACCAUAGGCGGGCUGCCGGCCGUGCCAGUGUGGCCUGGGCUGGGUUGCACCCCACUGGCCUGCUGGCUGUGGCAGCCCUGGCUCUCACCUGGACUUCAUAGGGGUCUCUCACCCAUCUGUCAGGCAGGUAGGAGCCUGCAAGGGGUGAAUGAACAAAUCUGGAGGCAGCACAGCCCCUGGAUGCCCAGUAGGGUGUCUGUAGCAGCCCUCACUCCCCUGUUCUAAGGGGGAAGGGCAGUCCCCUGGGAGGCCCCUUAUCUCCCUGCCAGAGAGGGAGAGGGUCACAGCCAGACCUUGGGGGGGACCUAACCCUACUCCCCCGGCCCUGGAUGGUUUAUUAUUAUUAUUUUGGGGUCUCUUUUGUAAGUUAAAUAUAAAACAACUGCUCCUGUGCUUGAA